CACUGAUUGAAGUUCCGCUUGACUCCGGCGCUGUAAUGGCUGCAGUGUUUACGUGUUGUCUGGGCUGCUGCGGCGAUGGAGCUUCGGGCCAGAUACCCCUCAAAGAGAUGCCCAUUGUCCAGCUCGACACGCACCACAUGGGGACGGAUGUGGUCAUAGUGAAAAGUGGGAGGCGGAUAUGUGGGACUGGAGCCUGCCUCGCCAACGCCCCUCUACACCAGAACAAGAGCUACUUUGAGUUCAAAAUCCAGUCAACGGGUGUGUGGGGAGUAGGUGUGGCCACUCAGAAGGUGAAUCUGAACCAGGUGCCUUUGGGUCGGGACAGUCACAGUUUGGUCCUCAGACACGACGGCUCAGUCUACCACAACAACGAAGAGAAGAACCGCCUACCAGCCAACAGUCUGCCUCAGGAGGGAGAUGUUGUGGGUUUAACCUACGACCAUGUGGAACUGAACCUGUAUCUGAAUGGGAAGAACAUGCAGUGUCCAGCUUCGGGCAUUCGAGGCACUGUGUUCCCUGUAGUUUACGUGGACGACAGCGCAAUCUUAGACUGCCAGUUCAGUGACUUCUACCACACGCCUCCUCAAGGCUUCGAGAAGAUCCUGUUUGAACAGCAGAUCUUUUGAAGCACCUGCUCCGGUGGGCUUGAGUGGAGCGAUGAUGUUGGAAAGGAUGUUAAUGCUCUUCUGACUUUUUGCCAUUUUUGCAUCUGCCUUCUCUGUUGCUGCUGCCAUCAUCUAUGGGAGACAAGCCAAUUUAGUGUGUGUGUGUGUGUGUGUGUGUGUGUGUGUGUGUGUGUGUGUGUGUGUGUGUGUGUGUAUGUGAGCGUGUGGGGAAAUUAUCACUACAGCGGUGAAAAUGGUGAAAACACUAUCGGAUGUCUGUUACAUGACAGCGCCAAAUGAACGUGUUAUUUAAUUUUUAUUUAAUAUAGCGUAUAUCAUAAUUUUGUACCCUAAUCUGUUUUAUUUUGCAUGUUUCUUUGAUUUAAGUUGCCAGAGUCUUUCAUUUCAUUUUAUUGUUUUAUUUUAUUUUUUUUACAAAAUAUUUCAUUUUCAAAUACUACAGUAAGAGAACAGAAACUGACAUAUUCUCUGAUAAAGCUGGUUUUAGAAAAUCAUGAAUGUUAAAAUGGCUUGUUUUUGUUUGCACUGUUUACAUGUAAUCAUUGAAAUUUGAACCAAAUUUACUUCUAUCUUGUCACAAAUGUGAAUAAAAAUUAUCUCUAUA